AUGAAGACUUCUUCGGAGACUCCCACUACGGGUCCAGUCGCAGGCCAUCUGCAGCAAUUGGACACUCAUGUAACGCUAAACAACCUCGGCCUCGAGCAGCAGACGAAACGAGAUGUAGGCCCAUUCGACAUUCUCUGUGUCGGGUAUAACAUCUGCAACUGUUGGGUCGGCCUGGCUGCCACCAUGGUUAUCGGCCUGGAGCAAGGGGGCACCGUCACCGUCAUCUACGGCACGCUUGUCGUCACCUUUGCCAUGGCGUGCUCGGCUGCCACCAUGGCCGAGUUGUCCAGUGUUUAUCCCACUGCAGGGGGUCCGUAUCAUUGGACGUCCAUUCUGGCGCCCAAGAAGGCUUACCGCCAUCUCGCAAGUCAACCCCAACGCAGUCCCGGUGACACGCCUGCUGACGUCUGGGCUUCUAUAGAGCUACUGCCCGGACAGUUCAUAUCAGCGGUACGCCUCUUCUACAACCCUGACUUGGAGAUCCCUGCGUGGGAAUACUUUCUCUAUUUCCAGGCGACAAAUCUCGUGUUUCUUCUGUACAACAUCUUUGGGCUUCGCCGGACGAGAUGGAUACAUGACGUCGGCUUCUUUUUCUCCAUCUUCACAUUCGUCAUCAUCUUCGUCAGCUGCUUGGCUCGCGCACAAUCCUACCAGUCAAAUACUUUUGUGUGGACCGACUUUCCCAAGCCCGAGUCGGGCUGGAAUUCUCGCGCCGUCGUCUUUUUGACCGGAAUGGCCAAUCCCAACUUCAUGUAUGCCGGCCUCGAUGGGGCUGUGCAUCUGGCCGAAGAAUGUGCUCACGCCAGCAAGACUGUCCCUCGAGCCCUGUUCAGUACCAUUGUCGUUGGCUUCGUCGUCGCUUUUGCCUUUGGCCUCGCCAUGCUUUAUACCUUGACCGAUUUCGGUCAGGUCCUGGAGAAUAUCACGGGGGUUCCCAUCUACGAGAUAUGGUUUCAGGCUACAAGAUCCGGCGUUGCAGCCACGAUUUUCAUGAUGCUCCUUCUUUGCAUCGCGUGCUUUGCCCUCAACGCAUGUGUCGAAGUCACUGCCCGACUCACCUGGUCAUUCGCUCGCGACAAUGCAAUCAUCGGAUCCAAGUUCAUGGGCAGCAUCCACCCGCGAUGGGAGGUGCCGGUCUGGGCUCUCGUGGCCAACGCAACCGUCAUUUUGAUCAUCGGCUGCAUCUACCUAGGCUCCUCGACGGCCUUUAAUGCAUUCAUCGGUACUGCACUGGUCCUGCAACAGUGCAGCUUUGCCCUCCCUGCCGCUCUGCUGCUCUGGCACAAACGAUCCAGCUCUGUUCUCCCUCCGCACAGAUAUAUCCGACUGGGCCCGCUUGGCUGGAUUGCAAACGCCGUCACCGUAUUGUUCUUCCUCUUGAUUCUGGUCAUGUAUUGCUUUCCGAUCGAGUUGCCUGUGACAGGCUCCAACAUGAAUUAUACUUCGGUCGUGAUUGGAAUCAUGGUCAUCUUCUCGGCCAUCAACUGGUUCGUCCAAGCUGGCCGUACAUUCAAGGGACCCCGGCUCUUGGCAGAAGUUGCUCGUGACUAG